AAAAAACCACAAAAAAAACUGAUGUUUGAACUCAAAUUUCCAUAUUCAAAUCAGGAAAUCGGCUGUGAAAAAAGCCUUCCACUCAAUGAUACAAUAUUGCAGUAUCAUUUAGAGUGAUAUAACGUCUUUAUAAGGAAAGCGCUAGAAGUUUCCAGCAUUCAAACUUGGUUCAAUUUGACAUGCAAAGAGCACGUUUUUGACAAAGUCACAUAUUUUCGGACUAUCCUUCGUCUAAAAAGCGCUAUGGCUUUUGAUAUGGAAAGGCUUAUAAAGUACAUUUCAGCCGUAGCAAUAGUCUCGUUUCUUGUGGGCGGAUUCUUAGGCAUCUACAGUCGAUGGGAACACCAUUCGUCCGAUAAAAGUUUUAUAAUAUUUGGCGUGGUCGCAGCUGUGUUUCUCGUUUCAGCUUUUGUUCUGUACUUGUUGAACCGACAAGAACUAGCCAACGCCUUUUUGAAUUUAUGGAUUGGUAUCAUAUUUAGCGUCUUAACUUUCACAUCUGUCGCCUAUGAUCAUAUGUUUGUAUCAGCUCAGGAUUUGGAUGUUGUAGACAUGUUACUGAUAGGAAGCACAUGUAUUUAUUGUUGUGGGACUUUAUUAGACAGAAUCCAUAAUUAUGGCAAUGUCGAGUUCCAUUUGCUUACCAUACGGGAAGUGCUUUUACUAGUCGGCUUCGCAUUUGGGAGCGUUGUCUCGGAACAUGGUGCGCCCAUGGUGCUUUUGGCAUUGGCCGUCGCAUGCAACUUGAUUGCGGUACAUUUGAAAUCAGCUUUAUCAUUGGUCAAUGCAGUUAUGACAAGCGUUCUGGUGGCAAUGGAGUUUUUUCCGGCAAUAAAAGUUCAGUACAAUCCAUUUUGCUUGGCAACGUUUGCGAUAUUGCUAUCAUUUGAAGCAAUCAUCGACAUGUACUUUUCAAAGUACUCAACAGUCGACCGGUGGAAGGGGUUCCUUACUUGUGGAAAAUGGCAUCGUAAAUCUCUGGUUGUUCUUAUAUUUCUAGGAGAGUGUAUAUACGUUGCCUGUGCCGCCCAAGUAACGUUAAGCCACCACAGGGCUGUCGUCAUAGUGCCAAUAUUCUUCGCCUUUUUGUUAUUCUGGAUAGCUGGACAUAUAGUGUUUCUUGUGGAUUGUUGGGGAUUUUUAAUUAAGCUUGAAGAAUGCUCGCAAAGUCUUAAAGAAGAGUUCGAUACUAACACAAUGUUGGAUGUGCUUGCUUCGAGAGGUGUCCGUCAUUUUUGUCUCAUAUCAAAAUCCAUCAUCCUUAUUACCAUAGCAACAACAGUGUUGCUAGGGAUACCCUCAUGGCAAGUAACAAACGCUUGGUUCAUUAGUUCUUUUUUGAUCGUCAUGCCUGUGGAGUCUAUGGUAUACAGUGUUUUGUCAAGCCUUGGGAAAUGUCUUGGUGGUACAGCUAUCGGUUACGCUGUGGUUAUACCAUGUUACAAUUGUCGGAAAGAUGGACUCGUAGUAGCCCUCCCCGAGGCAGAAUACCAGGGAACCAAUAGGACGGCAGUUGAACUGAUAAAUCUAUUAUCCAGGUUCUUCUCCGAACACAUAGUACACAGUUUUGGGACAGAACUCUGUACAAGUGGUCUAACAUUACAAUCUUUGGAAUCAAAAUUGGAAUCAUUCUUCAACCAACGUGUGCUACCUGGCUUGCCGUAUGAUACAUUUGUGUUAUACUACAGUGGACCAGUGCACGAUAAUGGUGACUGGGCUUUGCUAGAAAAUAAUGCUUUUUCAUUGAACCAACUUCUUAGCCUCUGGGAGAAAAUGAAUGGUGAGACCGGAGCAAGGCUAAUCCUAGUACUUGACACUGAAAAUUCUCACAAGUGGCUUCCAGAAGUUAAAAAGUCGAAGUACUUUAUUGGUGCACAAGUUGGAAUCGCUAGCAAAUCUGAUGAUGUUGAAGCUGCUAAUACUCAGACCGUUGGUGAACUAACAAAACACUGGGUUUACUUAAAUUCUGCGCACAACCAUAAUGAUGUCUUGGAUUCUAGUAUGCCACCCACUGAAGCCAAUGUUAGACCAACAUUUGCUGUUUCAAGGCGCUGGUGCGAGUUCAAAUUUCACGUACCAACACAAAAGGAUAUCUCGCUGCACAUUGAGGAAAGCUUUCCUGCAAUUGUUCAGCCAAUAAUGAGAUUAUGCAACAUGUUUCCACAAAGUGCUGAUUUGUUUUGUUUUUGCGAGGAGUGUGUUGCGAUGGCCAGAAAUUUGAAAAUGAGAUGGUUACCACCGUUAACACUCGAUACUGGCCAUGGGUUUAAACUCAUCAGAACAAUAAAUAAGAUGUAACGUUGAAAUGAAUAAACAAGAAGAAAUUAGUAACAUUAGAAAUCAUAGUCUGAUGUAACAAAAACUUUGUUCCAUUUUCAUCUGGCAUUAGCUACUUAUUUAUUUUUGUAAUAAAUAAC